AUGCUUAACAGCCCCUCCACCAUUUCCGACUCCGCCAUCGCACGUUGGCCGCAAGCAGGGACCAUUGCGGACCUUGACUUCUCACCCUCUCUCCAGGAAACCAUCAGGGCUGUGCAGCAGCUCUCCUGCGGGUAAGCGCCCAGACCGGACGUGGUCCCUGCUGAAAUCUAAAAGCACGGUGGUCCCAACUCAUGGAUCAUCUGACCGCGCUCUUCUAGGAGAUGUGGCGUCGAGGGCAAGUCCCUCGGGAUUUCAAGGACGCCAUAAUCAUCCACCUCUACAAGCGGUAAGGGAACCGCCAAAUCUACUACAACCACCGGACAUGUCCCUACUGAACAUCGCCGAGGAGACGAUUGUUCUUAUCAUUCUCAACUCUGAACAACCAUCUGGAACAAGGUUUCCUGCCGGAAAGCCAAUGCGGCUUCCGUUGUCAUCGUAGUACCACCGACAUGAUCUUCGCUGUCCGUCAAAUGCAGAAGUGUCAGGAGAUGCGGACCCACCUAUACUCUACCUUCGUGGAUCUGACAAAAGCCUUCGACACGGUGAAUCGCAAAGGACUGUGGAAAAUCAUGCAGAAAUUCGGCUGUCCCGAGCGAUUCAUCCAGAUGGUGCGUCAGCUGCACGACGGCAUGAUGGCGCGAGUCACGGACAAGGGAGCUGUCUCAGAGGUAUUCUCAGUGACCAACGAAGUGAAGCAGGGAUGCGUCCUGACGCCCACCCUCUUCAGCCUUAUGUUCUCUGCCGUGCUAAUGGACGCCUACCGUAACGAACGUCCGCGGAUCCGCAUCGCCUGCAGGACGGACGGUCCUCUCCUCAACCACAGUCGGAGGCACUUCCGGUCACGUAUAUCUAUAACUACAGUCCACGAACUUCUGUUCGCCGGUGACUGCGCACUCAAUGCAAAUACUGAAGGAGACAUGCAAAGAAGCAUAGAUCUCUUCUCCGUCGCCUGA